AUGCAGGUUAUUGAGCUUGGCCACGAAUCGAUCACGGAUCACUCGUUUUCCGCAGACAAGUCACUGCUGGCGGUCGCCCGUGGGAACCGAGUGGAGCUGUACUUCAACACGGGCUCGCGCUACGAGCUUGGCACCACGCUGGUCGGCCACGAGAAGACGGUGACGGCGGUGGACAUCAACAUCUUCAAUCAGAUCGUAACCUGCUCGCAGGACCGCAAUGCUCUGGUGUGGGAAGCCCAGAAAGACGGGUCGUGGAAGCAGACGCUGGUGCUUUUGCGCAUCAAUCGCGCUGCUACGUGUGUGCGCUGGUCGCCGAACGGCGUCAAGUUUGCCGUGGGCUCGGGAGCCAGAGUUAUUGCUGUGUGCUACUACGAGCACGACAAUGACUGGUGGAUUGCCAAGCACAUCAAAAAGCCGCUCAAGUCGACGGUGCUUUCGGUCGCCUGGCACCCGAACUCUGUGCUGUUGGCGGCAGCCACUACCGACGGCCACGCCAGAGUGUUCAGCGGCUACGUCAAGGGUGUCGACGAGCGGCCCGAGCCCUCACCUUGGGGCGAGCGGCUGCCAUUCCAAACCAUGUGCGGCGAUUUCACCGACGACAGUGCGGCCUGGGUCCAUGAUGUCGCGUUCUCGCCGUCCGGCGACGCCCUGGCCUGGGUCACCCACGAUUCAAGCGUGCUGGUUGCGUACCCGAGUGCGCCCGAGCAGCCGCCGAGGGCAAUUGUUGCCAUUGCGUCGUCGUUCCUGCCGUUUAGCUCGGUUGUGUGGACAAACGAAACGCAGCUGGUCGCCGCCGGCUACGACUGCCACCCGGUGGUCUUUGAGGGCACGGAGAGCGGCUGGACGUUCGCGUACUCCAUCGACGACCCCGCCAGAUCGAACAAGGCGUCCGAGGUGCGCGAGCAGAGCGCGCUCAAUAUGUUCCGUCAGCUGGAUCUCAAGGGCACCCAGGACGUGCAGACCACGCUGCCCACCGUCCACCAGAACGCCAUCAAGACGCUGCGGGCGUUCGAGGGCACUGCCAACGUGACCAAGGUUUCGACCUCCGGCGACGGAAAGGUCGUCGUCUUUGCUGUAUCUGAGUAG